AUGAACCACUUGACCGAUCUGCCCUCUUCAGUGGAAAUGGACCCUGAGGAGUUUGACGGCUGGACAGUAGUUGUGUGUGUGAUCCUGGGUCUGUCCUUCCUGAUAGGAGCUCCGGGGAACCUGCUGGUGAUCUGGACUAUCCUGAGACAUGUCAAGCAGCGCUCCCACACUGUGCUGCUCAUCCUGCACCUGGCUGUUGCUGACCUGCUGGUCCUCAUCACCCUACCUCUUUGGAUCUACUCCCUGGCUGGCACCUUGGUGUUUGGAGGAGCCUUCUGCAUGGCCUUGGUGUACAUUGUCUAUGUCUGCAUGUUCAGCAGCAUAUUCUUUAUCACCCUUAUGAGUGUGGAACGCUAUUUAGCCAUCUGUCAUCCAUUUUUAAUGAUGCGCUGGAAGAACAAGAGCAUUAUGAACACAUGUCUCGCACUUCUUUGGUUCCUCGCAUUACUUCUAGGAGUGCCUGCAUUACUGACCGCACCUAUGGAUGAAAGCGAUGUAGCUGAGUCGUGUUUCAUCAAGGAAUUCAGCUCUGUGACUCAAGCGAUCAUCUUGUUAUGUUUGGAGUCCUUGGCAGGUUUUGUAGUCCCUUUUGUCAUUCUAAGUAUCUGUUACUGUCUAGUAGCUGCCCAGCUAAGGAAAAUGAAUUACAAUUCCAAACUAAAAUCUAUGUUGCUUGUGCACGCUGUGAUGAUAGCCUUCACAUUGUGCUGGUUGCCUUGGCAUAUCAUCAACAUUAUUGAUAUGGUUUGCAUCCUAAAUUCAGGCACAGAUCAUGAAUGUGUGCAAGAGAGUGUUGUCUUCACCUCUGGAGCUCUUGUUUUUAUCAGCAGUUCAGUGAAUCCUAUAUUAUACGUCCUCUUCGCAAGGAACUUACGAGGGAGUUUGGAGCGGUCCCCUCUGGUCAGGCUUUUCCAGGAAAUGGUCACUCACACCAACAAACUCAGAGAGCUGGUAAUACAACAUCAGACAGGCCAGAGGGCAGCAAACACACAGUUGGAGCUGAUGAGCGACUCAGAAACUAAUUGAAUCCCUGGAACUGUGAUGCUGGGGAAACGUGACAUUUUUAUAUUGCAGUUUAUUAUGGGACUAUUCUUCAUUAUGAAGGCCUUUAUACGAUCGAAGGCCUUGAAAGACUGUACAGUAUGUCACAUGCACUUAAUGCAGUCUCAUCAUAGAAACAAGCCUUCUC